AUGAACGCGUUGACAAAAGCCGUAGAAGUUUUGGCGACAGACAGUGAGGAAAAUUCUCAGCCUCUGACUGACUUUAUCCGAUGGCUCGUGGUGAAGGACGGGUUGCCGAAGAAAAUGGUCGAGACGGUCAUCGACACCAUCGGUUUGAAUUUGGCUAAUACGAACAAGCCGAUUGAUGGGUUCUUGAAAAAUCUUCUCGUCGAGCCUCAAGAGCAACUUUUGCCAAUUGUCGUCUCCGACAUUCCUGAGGAUUUACCCGAAGUCUCUCAAUUUCCGGUCGCGUGUGCCCUCCGAAACCUGCAGGUUAUAAAGACGCCACUGACCGAAGAUGAAAGGUGGCUGUUACGUUACCACCAGAAGCCGCCUCUUGAAUUUCUGGAAGCGCUGAACCGGGUCGUCGCAUCUGGCUCUACCGAAUUUGAAUUGUUUAUCCCUAAGAAACCCCAAGAACGUCUCAGCAUCUGCGCUUUGAGGGCGGCACUUCGAAUCCUGACUUCGAAGAAGGAAUGCGAUUCGUCAGUGCUCGAUUUCGUCGUCUGUGGGCUGUUGACAACUUUCGAUCAUUGUGAUUCUGCACUGGCCAACAUCGAGGCGCUACGAGCUGCCAGCCAGCUGACGAUCACCAAUGUUUCCUUGGGCCUCCGCCUAUGGGUCGCUGCCGUCGAUUUUGCGAAGAACUCUGCCACUGAAGAUUUCAGAAAGGAAUGGCAAGAACUGUUCUACCCGACAAUCUCUGGCAUAAUUCUACGGUUCUUUGUCGAUUUGGUCGAUCCAGAGAUAGUUUUAGCCUCUCACUCGUUGCCGUCAUGCCUGGCACUGGAUGCCUGCGUGCGUAUCUUCCCGCUUUUCCCGACGCAUUCCGAGCGGGUCGUCUAUUGCGAUGGGAUGGUGCCGCUGAUCCUCCACGCUCUUCCGGUCGUCGUCUCGCUGGCUUCACAGCAAACUCCUCGGACCAAUCCCGCCAGCUACUUCGCCACGGAGCCACCAAAAGAAGCGGCAGACACGAUUUGCCGUUUUGCCUGUUCCCUUCUCUAUCGAUUAGUAGAACAAGUGCCAGCCCUCGUCCGUAUGUGGUACAACAAGCUCGAUCGGGCCCCAUCAAUUUCCGUCAACAAGUUCUUCCGCGAAAACUUGUCCAAGUUGGGCAUCGACGCCGAGCUGACCAAGGUGCGCGAAGGUGUGCCGAGCAUCGACAAUACGGAGAAUACGCUCAAGAUACGAACGCUACCAGCGGCUGGCGAGGUGGUGACCGAGUAUACGGUAGAAGAGACGACGAUGCGGCUGGUCAUCGUCCUGCCGAGCGAUUGGCCCCUUCAUGUACCACAAGUUACCCUUGAUAAGUCGGUCGCCGCCUCUGAACGGACGAAAAAAUGGCUACUCCAGCUGACGACGUAUUUGUUCCAUCAAAAUGGGUCGAUGCUGGACGGGCUGGUAUCGUGGAAGAAACAAGUGGACAAGGAGGUAGCCGGGGCUGAGGCUUCGUUGACGGAUGCGGAAAACGAAGAGACGUACGGUAAGUGCAAUAAUCCGAACGGCCAUGGACACAACUAUGUAUGGAGGGUAACCCUAAAAGGCGAAGUCAACGAAAAAACGGGCAUGGUCUACGACUUGGCGCUACUCAAACAAGAAAUGGCAAAGGUACUCGACCUAGUUGAUCAUAAAAAUUUGGACAAGGAUGUGGCGUACUUCCGGCAACGGAUAAUGAUGCUCGCUUUCCUCGUCUCGUGCAUCGUUGCGUUUAUGGUUGUGAUAGGAGAUAUUGGGCCAAACGUCGUUGCCGACUACCUGGAGCUCGAAGCUCCGACUCAAAGGCUUCGAAUUUUGGUCAUGAUUAUCGUAUUGCUCUUCGUCAUCUUCCCGCUGUCGACGAUCCAGAAUUUGGAGGUGUUCAGCGUCGUGUCCUCGGCGGCAGUAUUUUUCUAUGCCGUUUUUGUGGUUCGGCUUUUCAUCGGCAGUCUACCAGUUUUAUGGGAAGGCACCUGGAGUAUUCACGUGCAUUGGUGGCGUUUCGAGGGGUUCUUUCCAUGCCUCCCAAUUGUCGCGAUGGCGCUCGCCUGUCAGACGCAACUUUUCUCGAUUACCGACAGUAUGAAAGAUGCGACGGACGAACAUGUUGACGCGGUCGUCGCCUCAGCUAUAAACCUUUGCUCUGGAAUGUACGCAGCCGUCGGCCUGUUUGGCUACGUAACUUUCUAUAACCUCGAGAUGCACGGCGACGUUUUGGUCAACCUCCAACCAACAUUCUUCACGCAAAUGCUCAAGCUGGCCUUUCUCCUCUCAAUCGCCGUCUCGAUCCCGUUGAUGCUCUUCCCAGCACGAGUCGCGCUAUUCAACCUCCUCUCACCACAGGGCUCUUCCGAUCACGCAGGGCCAGCCCCGCUCCACAACUCUACCUUCCACGUCCUGACCUUCGUGCUGUUGCUCGCCAACCUCAUCGUGGCCAUCUACGUUCCAAAUGUCGAAUUCAUCCUGUCCCUUACCGGCUCCGUCAUCGGCUCGUUCACCUCCAUCAUCCUCCCCUCCCUGAUGUUUAUCGGCGUGAUGAAAGAUAAGUCGACACCGAUGAUCUUUUAUGCAAGGAUGUGCAUCUUCAUCGGCAUAACAAUUCUCUGUCUCUCCACCAUCGCUACCCUUCAGACCGAACAAAAAUCCGACGUCGUUGAACGACCACUCCCAAAAGCCGCCGCCGACGAGAAGGCGUUGCGAAGCUUGGAGAAACUGGAAGAGAAGGUUAUGGAUGCGAAUAUCAACAUUUCACAGAAACUGGAGAAGGUGGCAGACCUAGCAAAAUCUGGCAACGAAAAAGAGGCCGAAAAGCUGCUGCUCGAAAUGAAGGUCCAACAGAAGGAGCAGCAAGAGUUGAUCAAGAAACAAGGGGAAAUAGUUGAAGAAUUGAACAGGCACGUCGAAUUACACCACGAUCACAAGGAAAAGGAAGCUGCGGGGGAUGAACCGAAAAAUGAGUCGGACACGGAGAAAGUUAAACCGGUGGAGCACAAGCAUGAUUUGAAAAAGGAACCAACAAAAGCUCCCCAAGAGCCUGAAAAACCGCUGGAAAAGCCCGUGGAAAAGCCGGUUGAGAAGCUGGAGGAAAAAUCUGUCAAGUCUCCCCAAAUUCCAAAAGAAGAGCGCCGAGAACCGAGAGAAGCUCAGUCCAACGUUACUGCCACUAUCAACAUCGUCGAGCCUAAAGACAAUACUACGGACUCCAAACAAGAACCC